AGUGGUCUACUCGGCCGGCAACAUGCUACGCUUCUUGGUGCUCGCCACCCUGGUCCUUUAUGGACACAGCACCCAGGACUUUCCAGAAACCAACGCCCGGGUAGUUGGAGGGACCGAGGCCCGGAAGAAUUCCUGGCCCUCGCAGAUUUCCCUCCAGUAUCUCUCUGGGGGCAAAUGGUAUCACACCUGUGGGGGGACCCUCAUCAGACAGAACUGGGUGAUGACAGCUGCUCACUGCGUGGACCGCAAAAUGACCUUCCGUGUGGUGGCUGGAGAGCACAACCUGAGCCAGAACGAUGGCACCGAGCAGCGUGUGAGUGUGCAGAAGAUCGUGGUGCAUCCCUACUGGAACAGCAAUAACGUGGCCGCCGGCUAUGACAUUGCCCUGCUGCGCCUGGCCCAGAGAGUUACCCUCAACAACUAUGUGCAGCUGGGUGUCCUGCCAGCGGCGGGAACCAUCCUGGCCAACAACAAUCCCUGCUACAUCACAGGCUGGGGCAUGACCAAGACCAACGGGCAGCUGGCCCAGGCCCUGCAGCAGGCUUACCUGCCCAGUGUGGACUACGCCACCUGCUCCAGUUCCAGCUACUGGGGCUCCACCGUGAAGAGCACCAUGGUAUGCGCUGGAGGAGACGGAAUUCGCUCUGGAUGCCAGGGUGAUUCUGGGGGCCCUCUCCAUUGCCUUGUGAACGGCAAGUAUGCUGUCCAUGGAGUGACCAGUUUCGUGUCCAGUCUGGGCUGUAACGUCUCCAGGAAGCCCACAGUCUUCACACGGGUCUCUGCUUACAUCUCCUGGAUCAAUAAUGUCAUUGCUUCCAACUGAACGUCUUCCUGAAUCCCAUGGCCUUCCCAAGAUGAUGCUUAGACCCACGAAAGGACUUGAGGCCAUCAAGAAAAAAAAACAUUCUGAGAGGCCAUUGAGCCAGAUCCAGAAAAGCAAAUAAAACUGAAUAUGCAUGAU